AUGGCAGUGCAGAGUGCGAUGAAGCAGCGUCAGGCUGCCAAAAGCCACAAGCUUCGUCGCAGGACCAGUCCUUCGCCGAGGCACAAACAGCGCAAGACGUCUGCUGCGAGGCGUGCUGAUCAAGGCCGACGUGCCACUCCUUACCAGCUCUACAUCUAUACAUUGGGGUUCAUCAAAGACCCACUUCCUACCCAGGAGCAGAUUCGUGCGUAUGCCCACCGGGUUGAUGAACGGCCAGAGAGGGUGAAUAACUGGUUCAGCAACGCGCGGCAGAAAUUGGCUAGGUUGAAGAGGAGUAACGACCUUCCAGGGACGAAUAAAGCCCUGAUUCAGCAACUACGGGACAUCGGGAUCGAAUAUGUGGCUUCGGACACUGCCCCCUCUGGCUCUGCCACAUCUGGGUCGAGGGAGUCGUCUCCUGCUGCAUUGAUCGAGCGUGUGCGAGACACGGAUCCGUCUGUGAUUGACGGCGCACUGUCGCUACUCUACUUGGUGAAGAGGGUGUCGGAGGUGGGAGAGGGCCCAUCUGGAGCUUGA